UAGAAGAGCGGAGAGGCCGCGGUCGCGCCCAUGACGUUAAUGUCUGGCGCCUGCGGCCCGCAGCUCCACAUGGGGCUGGCAGCAUGGAUCAUCCCCGGCCUGCAGCGGCCCCGACGUUGCUCCGCAGGAGCCGGAGGCUGCGGGGAGGGGAACCCGAGCCGGGGCGGGCCCCGAAGGAGCCCUCGGCGGAGCAGAUGAGUGGGGCAGUGGCUGUCCCGGGAGAGGGAGAGGGCCCUGGCCCUGGCCCGCAGAGGAAGCAGCUGGCCAGGAAGGGCAAGGAGGCGAUGGUGAUCCCCAAGGGGAAGCCCAAAUCCGGGCGGGUGUGGAAGGAUCCCGGCAAGAAAAGGUUUUCCCAGAUGACUCAGGACAAGCCCCUCCGUACUUCUUGGGAGCGGAAGAUGAAGGAGCGACAGGAGAAGCAGCUUGUCAAGGAUUUUGCCAGGCAAUUGCAGGAGGAAAAGCAGAGGGAGCGUGAGGCAAAGAAACAGCGCCGGGAAGAGAACUUGAAGCGACGCCUGGAAAAUGAGCGCAAAGCAGAAAUUGUGCAAGUGAUCCGGAAUCCCCUGAAGCUGAAACGUGCAAAAAAGAAGCAGUUGCGUCGUAUUGAGAAGCGGGACACACUGGCCCUGCUGCAGAAGCACCAGGUGCAGCGCAAAGCAGCCAAGGAAUGAAGCGGCACAGAGGGAGACAGCGGGGCAGGCAUUUUUUUUUUUGGAGCCUGUCUGUCUCAGUGAUGUUUUGCAGCUCUGCUGUCCUGCUCACCACCAGCUUAUACCUCAUGCUGAAUGUUGGCCCCUAUGGGUCUGAGAUGUUGGCUGAUGCAUUAUACUGGGGAGCUGGGAUUUUCUUCCAUAAAUUGGGCAGGACACCCUCAUGUAGGGCACUGGGAACAAGCCUCUGCCUCAGGGCUUGGAGAACUGAGCCGUCAUAUAAACUACUGACACAGUGGCUGGUGGGGAGCCUUAGCUUUAUGAAUCCUCUUGAGCUUUGAGUGUUCUCCUUUGUUUUCAAAUUAGAGACCAAUAGUAUAGGACCAGGGAUGUGUGCCCCUCUCUUUGAGUUUGCCUUAGUGAAUGCUUUGUGCUAUUCACAGAAGAUUUAAAAUUGCCUUCUAGGCUUCAUUGUCAUGGCCUGCCAGUGCUUUGGGCCUCUGUGAUUCUCUUCAUUUUUUUUUUAGUGGACUUUCACUUUGCUUUCAGGCAAUAGGGCUGAUGUCCCUUCUCACCUCAGUUCUUGCAUUUGUCACCUCCCGGCACUUGUGUAUUUGAGAUGAGAUCCUUGCCAUUGCAAGACGUCAGCUUCUGUGCUGCAGUGGACAAGAAGCCCAGCCACUAAAUGAGAUGGUGGGCUUUUUCCUUUGGCGGUUCUUCCUCACUGGAAAUUAGCCUGAAAUGACUCACCACCUUGUGAAGGGUUUAAAGAAAGAGCUGGGGGGUGGUGAUUGGGUGGGAUUGUAUGUGUGAAACAGCUUUGUGGGUCCCUGAGAUGAACCAGAAUGGAAGCUACUGAAAAAAUAGCUUCUGCUCUCCUAUUCAUUCAGAAAAUUCUGAGGUGCCAGAUGUAGGUGUGUAUCAUGGUAAGAUGGAGUGUUUAAAGGGCCCUUUCUUUAAGACAAAGUCACUGAGGAGAAGUUGAGAAUGAUGGGAGGGAAGGGGAUAAACUAAGAAAACCUAUGGGGUGGGAUUGGGGAACCUCAGUGUAAAGGAUGAACAGGGGUAGGAGGGAGGCUUGGUGAGCUAUAAAGAAGUACCUGGAUGGAACGGGAUUGUAGGGGAAGGGAAAUUUUGGGACAGGUGAAUAAGAGUGUGCACAAGGGAUUGCAUGGAUUGAGCAAGUUGUAGCUGUUUCUGAGGCUGCUUCAACCUGUGGGUUCAUUCAUAGCUUGCAGAAUAAUGGGGUACGAACCUUUUUGGUUAAUACAUGCUUGUGUUCUUUGUGGACAAAUUCUGGGGACCUGGGUUCCCUACCAGGCACAGCCCAGUUUGAGACACCCCAGCACAGCUGUUAUUCCAGAGCCAUGAAUUUUGCCCCUGUGUAAGUUAACACCAUGGCUAUCUUGGAAAUCAUUCUCGGCACAGCCCCACCAAUUGACUUUCCAACACAGCCCAAAAGGGAGGUGGAAUACUUCAGGGCCUGACCCUGGAUUGAAGCCUGGUUGCGGUAUGUGCUGUAUGCACAAAAUUGCCCUUUGGCUGUGAAGCUCUGACAGUCCUCAUAGACAAAGGGGGGAAAUGAGUAUAUAUCCUAGUUACCCAGUCCAGUGGUCUGUCUAUUAAAUGUUUGCUGACCCCACCCCCA